AUGAUGGAGAAGCGAUUCGUUCUGUUCCUAUCUCUGCUGACGCUACAUCAUGUUAACGGCCUCGUAGUAAACCAGAAAUAUGACACUAUAGUUGUCGGUCUCGGUUCUGCCGGAGCUACAGCAGCUUCAACACUGGCUAAGUCUGGCAAGAGAGUGUUAGCGUUAGAGGCGGAGGACAGGGUCGGGGGAAGAGUUCACACGGUGGAGUUCGGGGAUGGAGUAGUGGAACUAGGAGCUGAAUGGAUUCACGGUAUAGAGAAGAGCCGAGUCUACGAAACAGCUGUCAAUAAUAAUAUAACGAUCCAACGCCAGGAGUUUGAUGUGAGAGUUUUUAGAUCUGAUGGUUUUUUGGGAAACGCUGAGGUCUUCAAUGACCUGAUAACAUUCUGUUUGGAUGCCAUGGACGAACCUUCGGGCGAGGCUGAGCCGUUGGGAAAAUAUAUCAGCAAGAAAUUAUUACCAUACAUGGAAAAAAAGUAUCCAGAGCUUCGGAAUGACCAGGAUUUUAUGGAGGAAUUCCUGGAUAUUGUGAAUAAGGUUGUGGACAGACAUGAGGGUUCCAAUGACUGGAAUGAUGCUACCUCCAACAGCAACUACGAGUUAUUAGGAGGCAGCCAGGAAAUGAGUUGGCACAGGCAUGGGUACAAGACCUUCUUCGAGUUAUUACUGAACACUUACAAAAAUGGCCCAGGCUGGCCCACGUUGGACAUAAAGUUGAACAAAGAAGUGAAAUUAAUAAAGUGGCCGAGGGAUUCACCCGGAAACGUUGAGGUGAGCUGUGUUGAUGGAAGUGUCUUCACCGCUGAUAAUGUUAUAGUGACCGUCUCACUCGGAGUCUUGAAGGAGAGACAUCAAACAUUAUUCUCGCCAGCUUUACCAAAUGAAAAGGUAACAGCUAUUGAGACAAUACCAAUAGGAGUCGUGGGCAAAAUAAUACUAUCAUUUGCCGAGCGCUGGUGGCCAGAAAAGGCAGCUUAUAUAUUCCAGUGGCUGAAACCUGAUAAAGAGAAAUUUGAUAAAUGGCAGGUUGAAUUAAAAGACAUUAGCGCUAUUAAGGGUUCUGAUAAUACUUUGAAGAUUUGGACUAUCGGAGAUUGGACCAAGUUGGUCGAAACAUUACCAGAGGACGUUGUAAAAGCUAAGAGUAUGGAGGUAGUUCGUAUGUUCAUGGGAAAGAACAUGUCGAUCCCAGAACCGACGGGCGUGUUAAGAAGCACGUGGUUCUCUAAUCCAUUCACACGCGGCUGUUACUCCUACGACAAUCUGUUGAUGGCGGAGCACCCGAGCGCCAGGGCCGACCUCGGGGCUCCUCUGACGGACUCGAAGGGAGUCCCACGCGUGUUAUUCGCCGGGGAGGCCACUGACUUAACUCAUUUCUCAACUGUCCACGGAGCUAGUGACUCGGGAUACAGGGAAGCUAUGAGACUGUUGUCUUAA